AUGGAUGCUUCGGUGCAGCUCUGGGAUCCAGCAACCGGCGGGUCAAUCGGCGUCUUGCAGCGACGAGCGGGCCCAAUUUUGGCCAUGACAAUUUCCUCUGAUGCCCAGACCAUCAUUUCUAAAUCAGCUAGCGUUAUUACAGUCUGGGACACAAACACUAAACUAAUCAAAAUGGAAUUUAACAUGAUAGAUAAACAAGUGGUCGCCAAUGCCCAAUCACAAACUCUAUCGCCCUCAUUAUGUGCACAUCUUGAUAUGCUUCCCUUGGCCGCAUUCGAUUGGAACGAGGACAAGUUAGUCUUCCGGGUUGGCACUGUUUGGGUGCAAAAGCCGUGGGUGGUUUAUCAGCUACAAAACGUUCUCUGGCUUCCUGGACAGUACCGUUCCCCUAGUUCCAACAGCAUCAUGAGCAUCCACGACAAUAUAAUUGCACUGAGGGGCCAAUCCAAACCACUGAUGCUUGUUAAGCUUGACUUAAAGUCGAUACCAUCUCGUGAGUGA